AUGACAACAAACUCCGCAAUAUUCGGUAGCACCGGCGCCGUAGGCUCCCAAAUCCUCUCUACACUCCUCGCAACCCCCUCAUCAUCCACAAUUGGAACAGUAACAACGAUCUCACGCCGAGCACCAGCAGCCGAAUCACCACACUUACAACCUCUUCUCGAAAAGGACACCACAAAAUGGCCCUCAACUUUGAAAACAAUUACCCCACCGCCAUCCAUAGUCUACAACGCAAUCGGGACCACCCGCGCCGCAGCGGGCGGAACAGCGAAUCAAUGGAAAAUCGACCACGACCUGGUAAUCGACACCGUGCAGGCCGCGAAAGAGGCCGGGGCGCGGACGUUUGUGUUUGUGUCGAGUGGCGGGACGAGGGGCUCCUUGUCGAAGUAUGUGCCCUACUCGAAGAUGAAGAUCGGGGUUGAGGAUGCGAUUCGGGAGAUGGGGUUUCAGAAUGCCAUUGUGCUUAGGCCGGGCAUGAUUAUUAAUCGUGGGGAGAAUUCGAAGGCGCCGGUUUUGGAGAGGCUAGUUGAGGGGUUAAGCUUUUUUGGGCAGUGGGCGCAGGACUGGGUAGGUCAGGAUCAGAGGGUUAUUGGGCGGGCAGCUGUGGCUGCAGCGAGGAUUGCAGAGGAGGGGAAAGCGCCGUCGAAGUAUUGGGUUUUGGAGCAGGCAGAUAUUGUGAGGCUUGGGAGGGAUGAGUGGAAGGAUUAA